ACCCCCACCCACUUCCCAUAAUCCCACAGGCAGGCAUUUCUCUCUAUCCAUAUCCACUGUCUGUUUGCUCUGUAUUCUUGUGCAGAAGAACAACAAUGGCAUUUAAACCAGCCAUACUGCAACACAUGAAUCCUUCAAUUUCUUGCUGUCUGAAACAACCCUCUGAGUUUCAGCAGUCGAGAGAGAAGCCACUGCCACUGAAGGGUUUUGAGUUCCAUGUCAAGAGAAGAAGAAUAGGAGCAAUGGCAGCAAUAAGCUGGGUGGCACUGCUGGCAAAAGAAGCACUUUUCACAGAAGCUGCUUAUGGGUUCGAGUUGCCACUUGUAGCGCCUGAUCAGACGGUUGCAGAAGCAGAGGACGAAAUCAGAGGGCACGCACAAGCUUUGUUGGAAGUGAAGGAUCUGAUAGAGUUCGAGUCGUGGAGAGAAUUACAGGCAGCUCUGAGGAAGAGCUCAUCGUUGUUGAAGCAAGAUUUUUACACCAUAAUUCAAGGGAAACCAGCAAGUGAGAGGCCCCAACUCAGGAAGCUUUAUACCGACCUCUUCAACAAUGUUACCAGACUUGAUUACGCAGCUAGGAACAAAGACGCGUCGUAUAUCCGACAAUGCUAUGACAACAUUGUUGUAGUUCUGGAUCAAAUUUUAUCAAGAAUAUAACUAUCAAGUAAUUCUUUC